AUGUUGUUCAACAUCACCGUGUCACGUGAUACUGCUGCAAGCCUCCUCAGACAAGCUUCCUGCCCCUCCAGCCUCCAAUCUGCUGACCUCCACUCUGCUGACCUCCAUUCUGCAAACCUCCACACUGCAAACCUCCACUCUGCUGACCUCCAUUCUGCUAACCUCCACUCUUCUGACCUCAAUUCUGCAAACCUCCACUCUGCUGACCUCCAUUCUGCAAACCUCCACACUGCAAACCUCCACUCUGCUGACCUCCAUUCUGCUAACCUCCACUCUUCUGACCUCAAUUCUGCAAACCUCCACUCUGCUGACCUCCAUUCUGCAAACCUCCACUCUGUAAUAAUUAAUUCUGCUAACGUCCACUCUGCUGACCUCCAUUCUGCUAACGUCCACUCUGCUGACCUCCAUUCUGCUAACCCUCACUCUGCUGACCUCCAUUCUGCUAACCUCCACUCUGCUGACCUCCAUUCUGCUAACAUCCACUCUGCUGACCUCCAUUCUGCUAACCUCCACUCUGCUGACCUCCAUUCUGCUAACCUCCACUCUGCUGACCUCCAUUCUGCAAACCUCCACUCUGCUGACCUCCAUUCUGCAAACCUCCACACUGCAAACCUCCACUCUGCUGACCUCCACUCUUCUGACCUCAAUUCUGCUAACCUCCACUCUUCUUACCGCCAUUCUGCUGACCUAAAUUCUGCUAACCUCCACUCUGCUAAUCUUAAUUCUGCUAACCUCCACUAUGCUGACCUCCAUUCUGCUGACCACCAUUCUGCUAACCUCCACUCUUCUGACCUCAUUUCUGCUAACCUUAAUUCUGCUAAUCUCCACUCUUCUGACCUCCAUUCUGCUGACCUUAGUUCUGCUAACCUCCAUUCUGCUAACUUCCACUCUUCUUACCACCAUUCUGCUAACCUCCACUCUUCUUAUCUACAUUCUGCUAACCUUAAUUCUGUUAACCUCCACUAUGCUGACCUCCAUUCUGCUGACCACCAUUCUGCUAACUUCCACUCUUCUUACCACCAUUCUGCUAACCUCAAUUCUGCUAACCUCCACUCUUCUUAUCUACAUUCUGCAAAUCUUAAUUCUGCUAACCUCCACUCUGCUGACCUCCAUUCUGCUAACCUCUACUCUUCUGACCUCCAUUCUGCUGACCUUAGUUCUGCUAACCUUAAUUCUGCUAACCUCCACUCUUCUGACCUCAAUUCUGCUAACCUUAAUUCUGCUAAUCUCCACUCUGCUGACCUCCAUUCUUCUAAUUCUGCUAACCUUAAUUCUGCUAACAUCCACUCUGCUGACCUCCAUUCUACUGACCUCAAUUCUGCUAACCUCAAUUAUGCUAACCUCAAUUCUGCUAACCUCCACUCUGCUGACCUCCAUUCUGCUAAACUCAAUUCUGCUAACCUUCACUCUGCUGACCUCCAUUUUGCUAACCUCCACUCUGCUGACCUCCAUUCUGCUAACCUCCACUCUUCUGACCUCCAUUCUGCUAAUUCUGCUAACCUUAGUUCUGCUAACCUUAAUUCUGAUAACCUCCCCUCUGCUGACCUCCAUUCUACUGACCUCCAUUCUGCUAGCCUCAAUUCUGCUAACCUCGAUUCUGCUAACCUCCACUCUGCUGACCUCCAUUCUGCUAAUUCUGCUAACCUUAGUUCUGCUAACCUUAAUUCUGCUAACCUCAAUUCUGCUAACCUCCACUCUGCUGACCUCCAUUCUAAUCCAAUACUUCAUCUAAAAUGA